UUGUCAAGUUUGUCAAAGGGACAAGCCACGCACUCAGGCUCCUCUUGAGAGUCUUUCCAUGGAUUUCAUGGAUACUCUAAUCACCAGCAAGAGUGGGAUGCAUCACAUCUUCGUCAUCGUGGAUAGAUUUAGUAAGUAUGCUAGGUUAGUACCAAUGCCGGAAACAGCAAAGACGGAGUAUGUGAUCUGGAUGUUCAAAGAGAACUGGGUUAGAGACUUUGGUUUACCGAAGUCUAUUGUCAGUGACAGGGAUGUCUGGUUUACCAGCGAGUUGUGGAAGGCCGCUGCUGCAGAGCAGGGAACUCGGUUGCAGAUGACUUCUGGGAAUCACCCAGAGGCCAAUGGACAGGCAAAGCAACUGAAUCGCGCUGUGCAACACUUGUUGAGGCACUACAUUAAGCCCAACCAGGUGGACUCGGAUGAGAAGCUUGCUCUCAUCGCCAGCCUGUACAACAAUGUUGUACACAGCGCCACUGGGGUGAGCCCAAACAAUUUACUACUGACUUUCAAGCCUAGACUACCCCUUGACUUUCUCCUUCCUGAGAAUCAAUCAACUGCUGCACCGGGUACUUUAGAGUUUGCCUACAAAUAUGAACAAAAAAUGCAGCAGGCGGUAGAGCAGAUGCAGAAGGCACAGACAACAAUGAUAGAGUCUGCGAACAGACACCGCCGACCUUCUACCUUUCAGGCUGGGGACAGAGUUUGGGUGAAGUCCUCAGAACUGGGACAGGAGUACGGGAUUUCCCGUAAACUCAUGCCACAGUACUUUGGACCAUGGGAAGUCUUAGAUAUUGUCGGGACUGAUCCAGAUGGGCCAUCUUAUGUUAUCCGAAUCCCAGGUCAUCUUCGUACUUACCCCGUCUUUCACGCCUCCAAACUUGCACCAUUCAAAGAAACUUAUCAGUUUCCAUCUCGUCGCUCAAUGCUGCCCCCAACCAUGGACGGAGAGGUGGACAUCGAUGACAUCGUGGAUCACAGAGAGCUGUCGGUAUCAAGACUAGCAGGCAGGGGACGUCCUCCAAAACCGAAGCUGCAGUACCACGUUUGGUUCCGACAUCACACUGAUCCGAAGGAGGACCGCUGGUUCACCAGGGAAGAACUCAUGCAGACCGCUCCUCAAGUUGUAGCCCAAUACGAGAGAUGUCUGCAGAAGGGAAAGCGCCCCAUGGUUGAAGACUGAGCUUCUCAGAGGACUGUUGAAGCUGAGGAGGGAAUGCGAGGCCAUUGCCUCUAUGAGCCCCAUAAGGCCCCAUUU